AUGCCUUCGGUUCAAGUAUAUCAACUUGUCAAUGAUAUUUCGAUCGAUUUAUACGAAAAAUACUUACCUCGUUUCCUUCUAAAUGAUGAUGAUGAUAAGCCAAAACCACAAAAUAAAAGAAGAAAAUUAGAUACAAAAAUUUUUUAUGAUAAUCAAAAGUCUCCUCAAAUCAAGAAACAUAUAAUGGAACCUUUGAUUGUCUUAAUCAUUCGAUUCUUACGUUCCAUAAAAAUUUCACCUACCUUUCAGGAAGAUAUGGCAAGGAUUUCUCAAAUCCUUUUUGAUCGAUUCAUUUACGUCGUUUUAACGUCGUCUUCUAUGGUGUAUUCGGCAUUAAGCUUACAUUACACCUUAGUUGAAUUGUCAUAUGAUUAUUGGAAAAAGUUAUCCGUUACCGAAUUUUCUCCUAUCUAUAAUGAUAUACUGGAUAACAUUUCAAUCGAAGAUCCGACCGUCGUCCUUUAUCUGAAUAAAGUUCGCCUUCAACAUAUUCAUAACAUGUUAAAAACAAUGAAAUCAACAAAUUAUAAUCAAUUCUAUUGGGAUCAAGACACGGAUAAUAUUACCAAAAAAUUAUCGGAUGUAAUUUUCACACUUUUAUUUCCUAAAAAUUUAAAGGUUACAUGGUCCGGGAAGAUGAUCGAUUUAAAUGAAGAUAAUUUCCCAAUUGCAAAUUCCAUGUUAAUUAUUGGGGAAUGGUUGAAUAUUAUAUGUAUUGGAACUGUAUGCAUUCAAGCCUUGAGUUCUGCCGAAUUCUUUGAAAUCAAACCACUAAGAGAUAAUUUCCUUGAAAAUUUUUUACAAGAAUUGGGAAUACUCUUUAAGAGUGUAUACGAAGAUUUCGAAGUGAAAAAAUCCGAGAAUGCCAAAAAAGAUGCAUUAACCAUUUCCCUAAUUUCGUUGAAUGAGGAAAAACGUACACCAUCGGAAUUACAUAACUUCAUAAAGAAGUGCUUCGAACCGACCGCUAAUCUAAAGUCAAUAAAAAAAAUUCCAAUUAAUGAUAAAUACAUACAAAGAAUAUCAAGACUUAUCACAUUAUUACAUUUAUUCCCAAUGGAAUACUUCGAAAAACGGGAAAUCAAUAUUUUAAUCACUUUAUCACUUCUUAUAGAUAGAUUCAUUUUUCAAGCACAUCUUCAAAAGUAUCAGGAAACAGUAAACAUUUUAAAGUGUUCGGUGAUAUGUAGAAAUUUAGUUCGUAAAUUCAUGUCAGCGCCCAUUAAACAAGAUGACAUAUUACCUAUACAUGAAGAACACAAAGAAAUAACAAAACAUUAUGAAGGUGUUUUGCAGGUGACGAUUCAAUCAACGAUAAUAAUGUCACGAUAUAUGCUUUCAAAAUAUCGAGAGAAUCCUUCACUUAAUCUCGAUUAUUUGAGAAAGAUAGUCAAGAUGUUUACUGGAGCAUUAGAUCGUUCAACAACAUUAAUAAAUUUGAAAUUCGAAGCUAUCGUGUCAUAUAAAUUUAUAUGGAAAUUUGUUGCCGAAUUUAUGAAAUUGGGAUAUGAAUCAUUCGAAUCUCAUAAAAAUCUUUCUCAACGAGAUCAUGAAAUCCUUGAACCAUUCCUAGAUUUACAGGUUGCGGCAGAACGAUUUUCGGAAAAUCUUUUAACGAAUUUUCUUGAUAAUUCUUUAAAAAAAAUUCAAGAAUCGGAUGAUAUUGAAAUCAAACGAAAUUGUCAUAAUUCCCUUACAAAUUUGGAUUAUACAUUAAAAGCUUACUGGAUUUCAUCUAAAUUUUAUCGAUUGAGUAAUACAUUAAAAUCAAUCGAUCAAGCAUCAACUUUAAUCUCUUUAGCACCAAAAUUUUUUGCUCUUACAAUUCCAUUGUUGCAAGUGUCACCAACCAAUGUAAUGAAUAAUGGAGUAAAAAAAAAUGUAUUACAGUUGGAUGAAAAUUUUGGAACUCUAAUUUCGCAAUUGUCAAUUGAGAAAUAUGGUGGACUUUCAAAUAUCAUUUUAGAAAAAUUAGAACAAAUUUCCAUAUAUAAGGCGAAUAAUUUAAACGCCAAGGAGAAGAAAUUCAUAAUCCAUUUUAUUGAUAUCUUUAUUCGUUAUUCGACGCACGCCCAACUACUUAAAUUACAAGUAAAUCUUUCUGACAUAAUAUAUGGCAUGAUUUGCUUAGCUGAUUCAGUUGAUAAUAUGUUUAGCGCGUUACAAAUUUUACAAAUAUUUUCGUUUUUGAUAGCUAAUCAGGCAUUAUCAUUUCGACCUAAUGAAAUUGGUUUAAUCCUAUCGGCAGUGAUUACAUUAACUUCAUCGAAUGUACAUUUUGGAAUAAAAAUUCAAGAUUAUAAGGAUCUCUUUGAAGCUGUAUGCCAACUCUUAUUAAAAACUUUAAUUAAUCGACGUGAAAUACUUUCAUCCACCAUCGCAUCUUUCGUCAUCAUCAUACAAUCGAUGCUUCAUUGUUUCAAAUCUCGUAAAUUUUCCACGAUGAACAGUGAACUUCAUAAUCGUCGAUAUAAUACCAUCUGGGAUGCCAAUUAUAAUAAUAAUAUUCCAUUACCGGUGGAAAGUGCCACUUCAUUUUCAAGAUUAUUGGAAACCAUUUCACCUUUUACCAAACAUGUACAUAAUAUAAUUGCCGAAUAUUUGAAUGUUCAAAUUGAAGGAUUCAUUGAACCUCGAAUCAAAGAAUCCCUCAAACCAGGAAUUUAUUCUCUUUUGGAUUUAUGUGGAGAUUUCGAAAGGGAUAUGAUCAUGGUUAGUUUGGAUCAUGUGGGUAAAAGUUUAUUCAAAACGUUAUGGGUAGAAUAUGUGAAACUUAAUAUGCCUAUUCCGUCGGUCGAAGAAGUUAAUAAAUGGAACCAAGCUAGAGUUCUGGAGUAUUUACGGUCUAAAAGAGUUGAGUCGAACCUUGACAUUGAAGACCAAAAGGUUGCUGGCAGUGCUUUGCUCGAUUCAACUUUAGAAGAGCUCAUGCAGAUUGGAUUAAAAAGAGGACAAGCAAAAGAUCUAGAAAUAGGGAAAGAGCAUUAUCAAUGGAUCCUCGAGUUAAUUUAUGAAAUGGCUAAAAUAUACCAUAGUAGAAGUGAUCGUUCUAUAGCAUUUAAAGAAAAAGAAUUAAGAGUAAUUAAUUUAGAAGAUAAUUCCUCAAAUGAUGGAGUAUUGGAAUACGUGAUAGUUACCACUGCCACAGCUACUGCUCGUUGGUAUAACAGAAUCAAAAGGGCUAUUAAACCAAAAUGA